ACUCUCACUUCACUGUUCAGUGUUCACUCUAUAGAAAAAAUGAAAUUGGUUGCAUUGGUUCAUUGGUUGCUUGCUGGAUGGUUAUUGGUUAAUGGUUUUUAACUAUAUCAUACAAACACUUACACAAACACAUUAUUACCUAACUUACGACUUACAUACUAAUACUUACAGACGGACAGGAAACAAUGAAUAUUAUGGUUUCUGGAAUGAUGUUUAGGAAUUGGGAAGUAUUCCUUUCGUGUUAAGCGAUAGUCGUUAGCAAUGUCACAAUUGUUUUUAUAUACAGAAUGGGAGGAUGUAUAGGAAUAAACAGGAGUAGAAGUGGAGGAAUCAACGGCAGUUUAGAAAAUGUUUCCAGGCCUAAUUCUGGGAGCACCAGGAAAAACCAUCCAUUAUGUCAUGAAACAAUUCGCUGGAAAUCUGAUGUGCCAUUGACCGAAGGUCAGUUACGAAGUAAAAGAGAUGAAUUCUGGGAUACAGCUCCUGCUUUUGAGGGGAGGAAGGAGAUCUGGGAUGCCCUCCGAGCAGCAGCGGUAGCAGCCGAAUCCCUGGACUUUAUGCUAGCUCAAGCCAUAUUAGAUGGAGCCAACAUAUCAGUUCCUAAUGGUUUUUUAACUGAGUGCUACGAUGAGCUGGGGACUCGUUAUCAGGUGCCUGUCUAUUGCCUCUCAUACCCUAUAAAUAUCGUAAAAGAAGACAAUGGAAGAGAAUCACCUAUCGAAACCACAGAAUCAAGAGAAGGAGGGCAGGAGAUAGUACUGAAACUGCGACUUUCUUCAAACUGCCAAGAUGUCAAACUACCUCUUUACACGAGUGACUCUAUUGGGAUGGCAAAAAAGAAACUUGAGAGCCAAGAAGGCCUAGAACCUUCCCGUCAACGUUGGUUUUUUGGUGGCAAGUUGUUAGGAGACAAACUGCGCAUUGAAGAAGCCAAACUUUCUCCUGGUUUUGUUGUACAAGUUAUUGUUAACCCAGAACCUAUAUCUCGUGUGGACAGUUGAGCAAAUGGCACCAUUGUAUAUCGAUAACUUUGUAUAUUAUUGAACAGACUCUGUGUUAUAAAUGGUCUCACAAAUUGUGCAUUUCUCUUUGUACAUAAUAUAAGCAAAUAUUUGUUAGGGAUUAUUCUUUCACAAAAGUAAUUUCUCUUUUUUAUACCUGUUUCUGUCCAGCUUAAAAUAUGCUGUACAAAAUGUUAUUUUUUUUAUUAUUUUAAUGUAUUAACAGACUGAUUUGUGUCAUAAUCCUUUUGUAAAUGUUUAUUUUAGAUAUUUUAGGGUUAAUAAUUUUUAAUGGCUCAAUGGUUUAUGGAAUAUUAUCUUAAAAGUUACUACGCACACAUGAAAAUAAUUUUUAUAGUUUUAAAACCAGAUAUUACAAAAAUCUUUUAUAACAGCCAAUAUUAAGUAUACUACACUUUGUACAUGUAUAUGUUAAUUGUAUAUAUUGAAUCACUCCUACCUUAUACUAUCUUUUUGUAUGAUUAUGUUUAUCUUUAAAUUAUCCAUGUAAAUAGGUUAUCAAAAUAAAUAAUACACUGCUACUAUAAGCAGCUGCAAUUGGGAUGAUUUAAUACCUGGGAAUUAUUUUAGAGCUUUAUUUGGUUUGUAGAUAGUGAGCCACUCUAUGAGUGUUUAACAAAAAAUAUAUGUUAUAUCUGGUGAUGAUUCCCCAAACUAAAAAUAAAUGUUAAAGAACAUAAACUGAUGCUGGGCUAUUUUA